AUGUGGACUUAAAUAAUAAUUGAGCAAAAAUAUUUAUUUAUUUAUUUAUUUCUGUUCGUCUUCUUCUCCUCCUCUCGGCGAUUCUAUUCUGUGAUGAUGGCGUUGGCUGGAAUCACGACUUCGAAUCCAACGUUUCUUCAGCUCAGGGUCUCUAACACAAGCUUACGUCAUGUGGCUCCACGUAACUCGAUUUCAUUUCCUCGUUCGUCAUACGUGAAUCUCAAUCGGAGAAACCGUCUCUGUGUUCGAUCCUCCUCCUCCUCUGCUCCAGUGGCAUCUGCAGUGGAGGGAUUGAAGCCGGCGAUAUCCUUGACGGAGAGUGCGCUUAAGCAUCUGAAUAAGAUGAGAACAGAGCGUGGGGAAGAUUUGUGUUUGAGAAUUGGUGUGAAGCAGGGAGGAUGCUCGGGGAUGUCUUACACGAUGGACUUUGAGAACAGAGCUAACGCAAGACCUGAUGAUUCCACCAUUGAAUAUGAAGGCUUCGCUAUAGUUUGUGAUCCGAAGAGCAUGCUCUUCCUUUUCGGAAUGCAGCUUGAUUAUAGUGACGCUUUAAUCGGUGGAGGCUUCUCUUUCUCAAACCCCAACGCUACACAAACCUGUGGAUGUGGGAAGUCUUUUGCUGCCGAGAUGUAAAACAGCUUUAUUGCAGUAAAAACAUAUGUAGUUAUAGACUUGGCU